CACCAUCAAAAAGACCAUUAUUAUGGUCACAGCAUGAUGUUUCAAAGAAACUGUUUGCACUAUUUAAGCCGCUCUAUAAAAAAUUGAAAGAUCAACCUUCUCAAACACCACAAAGAAAGCCAUCACAUAUUUCUAGACUUUCUUUGCCACAAUCAAGACCAGCUUUAAGUGAUAUUUCUAAUCAGUUUUUAUCUGUGACUUACCAAGAUAUCAAGGAUCUCAAUGAUA